UAUGUAUUUAUAAUAUAAUUGUUGGUGUUCAGGUGUCAGUGUACUUCCCGGAGCUGCCGCCGCUGCUGGAGAUAGAGAGGAACAUCAGUCUGUCACUACUCAACUCUCACCUGGGCAACAGCAUACCAGUACCACUGCUUCCCUCUCAGGUGGAGGUGGGACCCAUGCACUGUGUCCCUGGCCAGCCUCUCCCUGAGGAUUUGUCGUCGUGGCUUGACGGUGGUGGUGUUGGAGGAGGUGUUAUAUACUUCAGUCUGGGUUCGGUCGCCAAGGGUGUGACGAUGCCUGACAAGUACCUUAGACUCUUCAUUGAGACCUUCAGCAGACUGAAGUACCGUGUUAUAUGGAAGUACGAGUCCAAGAUAGAGGGAAUCUCCAACAAUGUAUUUAUUAAGGACUGGCUGCCACAACAGGAUAUUCUGGGUCGACUCCAAGGUGUUAAGGGUGUUGAGGAUGCUUUGCACGUCCUGGCUCUUGGGCACAGUGGCCAAGAUAUCAUCGACGUAGCGCAACCUGGGAACAGUCGCGGAUGGUUGCAGUAUGCGAAUUGA